AAACCAGCCAAUCACAGGCCUCCUUCGUUCUCAAACCAACCAAUCACUGACAGGUACGCCGAUCGAGGCCAUUUCGAAAUCGUCCGAGUUCACUUCUCUCUCUAGGAAGCCGUUGACGUCCCACCGACUGUUUCCCAAUCUCUCUCCAUAUAUAAACUCCAUCUCUCUAAAAUAAUUCCCACAUCAUCUUCAAAUAACCAAACCCUAGGUCCUCGUGCCUGCGAUUUCUUCCUCCUUCCUCUCAUCACAAGGGUUUAUUUGGAUUGUUCGAUUACUUCGAUUGAAUGGCUCGUACGAAGCAAACUGCUCGCAAGUCUACCGGUGGGAAGGCUCCCAGGAAGCAGCUCGCUACUAAGGCUGCGAGGAAGUCGGCUCCAACCACCGGUGGAGUGAAGAAACCUCAUCGUUACCGCCCUGGAACUGUCGCCCUUCGUGAAAUCCGAAAGUACCAAAAGAGCACAGAACUUCUCAUCCGCAAAUUGCCCUUCCAACGCCUUGUCCGCGAAAUUGCCCAAGACUUCAAGACGGAUUUGAGGUUCCAGAGCCACGCAGUUCUUGCCCUUCAGGAGGCAGCGGAAGCCUAUUUGGUGGGUCUGUUUGAGGACACCAACUUGUGUGCCAUUCAUGCCAAGAGGGUUACUAUCAUGCCCAAAGACAUCCAGCUCGCCAGGCGAAUUCGCGGGGAACGUGCCUAGAAGGAUAUGAUGCAGCCAUUUUCUUGCUUAUGAAGUUUGUUUAUUAAGCAGACGAUAGACCAUGUCUUUUCCUUUAGAUUCUGUGUGCAAAUGUUGAUACUGAUCAUAUCCGUUAAUGAUCUUGAAACUUGGGCAAGCAACUAGAUUACUUUAGCAUGUGUUAUCUGUGAAAUUGUUCUCUGAUUUUCUGUUAUAACACAGCUUUUGAUAUGUUUUUCUCA